CUGAUGGAAAAUAGAACAGAGGUGACAGAGUUCAUCCUCCUGGGACUAACCAAUAUCCCAGAACUGCAGGUUCCUCUCUUUAUCUUAAUCACUCUCAUCCACUCCAUCACUGUGGUUGGAAACCUGGGGAUGAUUGUGCUGAUUUUCUUGGACUCUCGGCUCCACACUCCCAUGUUCUUUUUCCUCAGUAACCUGUCUUUUGCGGACUUUGCCUACUCCUCAGUUGUCACUCCCACAGUCAUGGCUGGGCUCCUUAUAGGAGAAAUGCUUAUCUCCUACAAUGCAUGUGCUACUCAGAUGUUCUUUUUUGCAUCUUUUGCCACAAUGGAAAAUUACCUCUUGGCUGCAAUGGCCUAUGAUCGCUACAAAGCAGUGUGUAAACCCCUGCAUUAUGCCACCACCAUAACUCCAACUGUAUGUACAUGUCUGGUCAUGGGUUGUCAUGUCGGUGGUUUCCUAAAUGCUGCCAUUCACAUUGGUGAAACAUUUAGUCUCUCUUUCUGUUCAUCCAAUGUGGUCCAUCACUUUCUUUGUGAUGUUCCUGCAGUCAUGGCUCUAUCUUGCUCUGACAGACAUUUUAAUGAGCUGGUUCUUGUUUAUGUAGCCACUUUCAAUGUCUGCUUUUCCCUUGUAGUAAUUUCAACAUCCUACCUAUUGGUAUUUAUCAACAUCCUAAAGAUACACUCGGCAACAGGAUACCAGAAAGCUUUGUCCACCUGUGGCUCCCACCUCAUUACUGUCUCCAUUUUCUAUGGGACAAUCAUUUUCAUGUACCUACAGCCCAGCUCCAGUCACUCCAUGGACACUGAUAAAAUUGCAUCCGUGUUCUACACUAUGGUUAUCCCCAUGCUGAAUCCUCUGAUUUAUAGUCUGAGGAACAAGGAGGUUAAAAGUGCAUUCAAAAAGAUUGUUUUGGGGGUGAAAUUGUCUUUAAAAUUUUAA